GCUGCCCACGUUGAUCCCUUCGCUGCGAGAAACGUCUCCAAUGUUCACAAUCUUGAGGGUACAUCAGGCUGGGCGAAACAGUGGAGGUCAAAGCGUGCUGGGGGCAGGAUUGUCGUCGAGCAGGGAUCGAAAAGCGCUUUGGAGGUGGUGUUUUGUAGAGGGUUUGUAGCACUUUUCGUAAGCACUAGCUGGUCCGUCUUCGUCUUGGAGAAUCUGAUUGGUGGCAGAAGUGCGGUUGGGGAAUAGGUUUGGCACUUGGUCGGCUGCUGCCAAAUCUAAGCAGCCAUGGCAACAUCGGCGGCGGUUGCUGGGUCUGCCUCAUCCACGAUCGCCACCAACUGGGGGGUUUCUUGCCGCGCGAAUGCCCACAGGAGAAGUAAUUGUGCAGUAGGAAGCCCGUUCUUGGGUCCAGGGGAGAGUUUGGCUGGGACCAGCUCCUUUCUAGGAUGCCAGUUGAAGGGAGGGCAGGAUGGACUGUCAAAGGCUGCCAGCACUUCUGGGAGGCAUGCCGCUCCAACUGCUGUGAUGGCGCCCCGCAAGGCACCGACCUCUGCCCCAGCUAAGCGGAGCAAGGUGGAGAUCAUCAAGGAGAACAGCAACUUCUUGCGGUAUCCCCUCAUCGAGGACCUGGCAAACGACGAGCCGAACGUCAGCGAGCCCUCGGUGCAGCUCAUCAAGUUCCACGGCAGCUACCAGCAGGAUGACCGUGAGAAGCGCACGUUCGGGCAGGGCAAGGCGUACCAGUUCAUGAUGCGCACCAAGCAGCCGGGGGGCAAGGUGGACAACCGCUUAUAUAAGACGAUGGACAACCUCGCCGACAGGUACGGGAACGGCACGCUGCGCCUGACGACGCGCCAAACGUUCCAGCUGCACGGCGUGCUCAAACAGGACAUGAAGACGGUGUUCAGCACCGUGAUCAAGAACAUGGGGUCGACGCUGGGCGCGUGCGGGGACGUGAACAGGAACAUCCUGGCGCCCGCGGCGCCGUAUGCGGACAAGCCUGAGUACAAGUACACUCAGGAGUACUCCGACAAAAUUGCGGACCUUCUGGCGCCCCAGGCUGGCGCCUACUACGAUGUGUGGCUGGACGGCGAGAAGGUGAUGUCAUCGGAGGAGGACCCUGAGGUCACCAAGGCUCGGAACGACAACAGCCACGGCACCAACUUUGAGGGAUCCCCCGAGCCGAUCUACGGCACGCAGUUCCUGCCUAGGAAGUUCAAGAUUGCAAUUACGGUUCCGGGGGACAACUCGGUGGAUAUUCUGACGAACGAUUUGGGCCUGGUCGUGAUCACGGACAAGACGGGGGAGCUGGAAGGAUUCGACAUCUACGUCGGUGGCGGCAUGGGGCGCACCCACCGCAAGGAGGAAACAUUCCCCGCGCUUGCGCUGCCCCUCGGAUACGUGCCCAAAGAAGACAUCCUGUACGCCGUUAAGGCGAUCGUGGCGACGCAGCGCGAUUAUGGGCGGCGGGACGACCGCAAGUUCUCGCGCCUCAAGUACCUGGUGCACGACUGGGGGAUCGACAAGUUCCGGACGGUCACGGAGCAGUACUACGGGAAGAAGUUUGAGUCGUUCCGGGAGCUGCCCGAGUGGAGGUUUGAGCACUACCUUGGCUGGCAAGAGCAGGGCGACGGCAAGCUGUUUUUGGGUCUGAACGUGGAGAACGGGCGCAUCAAGGGCGACCUGAAGAAGGCCAUCCGGGCGGUGCUGGACACGUACGACCUGCCCGUCCGGAUCACCGCCAACCAGAACCUCGUCCUGUGCGACGUCAAGAAGGCCUGGCGGAGCCCGAUCACGAGAAUGCUGCAGGCCGCCGGCGCGGUGGUCGCCGCCAACAAGCUUGACCCCCUGACAGUAACCUCCAUGGCGUGCCCCGCGUUCCCCCUCUGCGGGCUGGCCGUCACCGAAGCGGAGCGCGCCCUCCCGGACAUCAACAAGCGCCUCCGGGGGAUCAUGAAUAGGCUGAAGAUGAGCAAGUCCGACGACACCUUCGUUGUGCGCAUGACGGGCUGCCCUAACGGGUGCGCCCGGCCGUACAUGGCGGAGCUUGGGUUUGUGGGCGAUGGGCCCAACAGCUACCAGAUCUGGUUGGGCGGCACUCCAAACCAGACGGCGCUUGCGCAAACGUAUCAGGAGAAGAUGAAGGUGCAGGACCUCGAAAAGACGAUUGAGCCGAUUCUUGCCACGUGGAGGGACGAAAGGGGCCCGGCCGAGAGCCUGGGAGAGUACGUAAACAGAGUGGGCUUCGACCACCUGAGGCAGAAGGCGGCCACAUACACGCCCGUCCGGAGGGGCGGCCCCAAGGCCAGAUCGUUCAUCAUCAAGGAGGACACUUUGGAUUCGCUCACGGAGCUUUCGAUUAGGAGCGGCAAGUCGUUGCAAGAGCUGGUGCACGAGGCCGUUCAGAAGAUGCUCGACGAUAAGGCGUAGAGUUUUAGUCCGAUGAUGAGUUUGUAGUGCCGCUCAACGUGAUUCAUUUGCGAACGUGUGUAACCGUUGUGGGCUUAUCCACGGCAAGGUGGGUAGCGUGGCUAGCUUAUGAGCGGAGAGGGUUCUUGUGUGUAGGCUGCCUCCUUAAGCAAACUCUUGUGAGCUUUUGGGCGUUCUGCUAGCGAGCAUAUUAAACUCACCACAAAGGUUGGUGAAGAAUCUUUAGAUCAAACUGUUGCUGGGCACCUACCGAAAGUUGUGGGCAUGAUCAGGCAGUGCCUUCUUGGUUCCGUUCCGUUGGUUCCGUUCCAUUAUAAGGAAGCAAUGAGCUGCAUAUGUGCUGCCAAUCAAUUGCUUGCGGGCCAGGCAUGUAGGUUUGACGUUGCGGCCAGAAGUAGCGCGGAUUUCUGUUUUGAUACAGUCA